AGCUUUAUCCACAUUCCAUUCGAUCUCCAUAUCCUAAAAAAAAGCAUUAAAAUGAAUAAUGGAUUCAACUGUAGAGGUGGAUCAGCCAUUGCUGAAGCUCUCAAGGUCAAUGUGUAUGGCAAUGGCACCGAGACACUCGUGUUGGCACAUGGGUUUGGGUCGGAUCAAAAUGUUUGGCAUUACAUGAUUCCCUACCUUGCUUGUUUCUUCAAAGUGGUUGUUUUUGACUUGGUUUUUUCUCCAAAUGUGAAGCUUGAGCUUUAUGAUGAGAGGAAGUACUCGAGUUUUGAUGGAUAUGCCAAAGAUCUGUUAUGUGUUCUUGACCAUCUCCAUGUUAAGAGAACUAUUUACGUCGGUCAUUCCAUGUCCGCUAUGGUUGGAUGUGUUGCUGCAACCCAUAGGCCUCAACUCUUUCACCAUCUUAUAUUGUUAAAUGCCUCUCCAAGGUAUCUCAAUGGUGAAGGAUAUAUUGGGGGAUUUGAAAAGCCACAAGUUGAUGAAAUUUUCAAAGAAAUGGAUAAAAACUUCACAAAAUGGGCAAAACAAUUUGUUCCAUUUGCUGUGAUAGUGAACAAUUCUAAAGCAAUGGCAGAAAUUGAGCAUUCUUUGGGAAGAAUGAACCCAAAAAUUGCUCUAAGUGUUGCAAAAAUGGUGUUUUUAAGUGAUUUAACAAAGCUUCUGCCAAAAGUAAAAACUUCAACCUCCAUUAUUCUUACAGAAAAGGACAAUAUUGUCCCAAAAUCAGUUGCAUUUUUCAUAAAAUCAAAUAUUGGUGGUAAUUCAAAUGUUAACAUAUUGAAAUCUCAAGGCCACUUCCCUCAACUAACAGCUUAUCCCCAACUUUUGAAAGUUUUGACUAAAGUUCUUCAACUCAAACAGUACAAGAUAUAUCAACAAUUGACAAAUUGAUCCAGCUCGUGUUAUCGUUCGUGAUAUCGCUAAUUGAUCCAACAAACUGAGGACGAUGAUCAAUCCAUUUGUAAGAUUUUUAUUAGAUGAUGAAGUAAUCUAUUUUCAUGUUGGUUGUGCAAAGUUAACAUCAUUAUGUUUGAUCCCACAGCUUUCUUGGACUCAGCUAUAUAUACAUUUAUUACAUAGAAAAAAAGGAUGUCUAAAAAAGGGGCUGAAUAUAAUGUGUUUAUUUUCAAAUGAUUUAUUCAAUAAUAUAAUUUAAAACACCAUUCAUCUCAAGACCUACACACCAACCAACUACCAAGGAGUUAUUUUGUUAAUAAUUAAUUAAAUAAUAUAUAGUUGAUGAGAUGUGAGAGAAUUUGCUUUAGAAUAUGGAGUUGUAAAAUAUAGACAAAUGGGAAAAUUGGAUUGUGGAAGAAUUAAUGAAGAUGAUGAGCAAGAUUCAUUUUAGAUAUGCACAUAGAAAACUAAGUUGCAAAGAUCAAUAGAGACAAGCACCUAAUAUGAAGUUUUUUUUUAAUUUAGAUUCAUGACUUUUGUGAUAUGAAAUUAAAGGCAUUGGCAUUGCUCUAUAAUAAUACUCCAAAUGGAAGUUAUUACUUUUUAAAAGAUUUGUUUUUCUAAUCAUUUGAUUGUAUCAUCGAACGGUUAAAUUACUGUAACAAACUUUCGAAUCACACAUGGCGACUUUGAAAGCACAUGUCUCGCUAAUUCGAUACUUUAUUCUUUUCUUACUCGUUUUCGAUUGCUUGCUUUGUUGUAAAGAAAAAUUACGAUGAGAAAUUGGGAUGAGAUAAACAAUUUCAGCGUGUAAGUAUGCAACCAAACAUCUAAAAAUAACUUGAUUAGUUGCUUAAAAGUGGAUAUUUUUUUCAAUUUAUUUUUUCAAAGGGCCAUCUAUAGGAAAUUUUCACACACACAUAUAACAAACAUAAAUUGUUAGUCAAGGAAAAUAAGGAAGUACUAAAUCUAAAUGCAUCAAAGUUUUCAAUCAAUCAAAAGUUAAAACACUUCAUAAAUUUGUUGAGGGUUAGUAAGUUUAAAUGUUUCCAUGGAAUUAGAUUAGAUUGAAUAAUAAGUUAUGAAAUCUUUAAUCCAUAGUAGUCAAUAAUCAAACCCAUUUUCAAUCUGAAUAACUUAAUUAAAUAAAAGAGCAUUUCAUUUUCUUAAACUCGUCCCUUCAAAUUGCUUAUAAAGUUUCUUAUUCAUUCUUGUAAAAUUUAAUGAUCAAAUAAAUUUGAAGAGAUUGAAUAACUAAGUAGUGGUAUAAAUUCAAGGUACAUAACUUUGAGUUUGAUAUUUCAAUUUAAUCGUUAAGGUAAUUUUAAAACAUUACAAAUUUAACCUUAAAACUUUGAAAUUCAUUUUGAUUCUAAUUCCUAAGUUUCAAGUUUUACACUCAAACUUAAAUUUUCAUUAAA